AUGACUGUUAAGAACAAAAGGCCGGAUUCCCACGAAGCUACGGACUUUGAUAAAGCCAUAUGUUUAACAGGAUAUGGAAAGUUUCAUUAUGAAGCUGUAGCAGUCUCAGCAACAUGCAUCAUAACCGUGGGGUUCCAGAACGGCAUAUCUUCCUACGUCUUCCCAGCCGCUCAGUGCGAAUUAAAUUUAACUUCCUUCGAAUUGGGUCUGCUAAACAUUAUGUUCCUCUCGGGAGGUAUAAUUAGUUGCCUUCUAUGGGGCGUCCUGGCAGACAUAAACGGAAGAAGGAAAAUCUUAGCAACCACCCAUCUCCUAAACACAUUCGUAACGUUAACAUGCGCCUUCAUUUCGCACAAAAGCAGCAUAGUAAUUUGCAGAUUCCUAAACGGGUUCCUUAUCGGAGCUCCGGGAGCAAUUAUCUUCUCUUACCUGGCCGAGUUCCAACCACCGAAGUAUAGAUCCGCAAGCGUUUGCUACUGCGGGUUAUUUUUUACUUCGUCUUGGUUACUGCUGCCCAUUUUUGCUCACUUGGUGUUACCUUUGGACAUAAAUUACCAAAUUGGAAGCUUUCUGGUUAUAUCACCUUGGAGGGUUUACCUGGUUCUUAUGGUGGUACCUGAAGCUGUGGUGGGAAUGUGGUUCAUUCGAAUGCCCGAGAGCCCAAAGUUUUACAUAGCAAAGGGGAAUCCUAAGAAAGCCCUUACCGUUUUGAGAAGGAUGUACUCGGUUAAUACGGGUAAAAGUUCGGAUUUGUUCCCAGUAAAAUAUCUGACCGUAGGAUAUCAAGUUGGGGAUGAUAAAGUUUCUGAUUCAGAUAUUUUCACAAAGAAAAGUUUACGUAUUUUGAUGAUAAUGUUGAAGAAAAGUAGAAUUUUGUUUAAGUCUCCUUUUAUUGUAGUGACAGCUCUGACUUGUACUGUGAUGUUUUCCAAUAUGUUUGGUAUUUAUGGACUGGGACUAUGGAUACCAGAGCUGUUCCUCAGGUUCAACCGGUACCACGAGCUAUAUCCCAAUAGGACAGUAACCGUGAAAGACCUUUCCACUUUAAAUCAACUUAAUAAUUUCACAUGCGAGCCGUCUUUCGAUCCCCUUGUAAUCCAAAGCACUGUCGCCAUGGCAGCUUCUUCACUAAUCUACAACUUGGUAUCCGGCUUUUUAUCCAUGAGAUUCCCGAUAAAAACAAUAUCAGUGGUAUCCAUGGUACUCGGGGGGGUAAGCGCGGGGUGUAUAUAUUGGCUGAGAUCUUCCUGGCAGAACCUGACAGUGGCGUGCGUAUUUCAAGCAUCGAUGGUAACCGCAAACAUGGUCAUAGGAAGCAUAGGAGUGGAGCUCUUCCCGACGAACGUUUCGUCGAUGGCUCUAUGCCUGAUUAUGUGCGCGGGUAGGGCAGGCGCCGUUUGUAGUAACGCAAUUUUCGGAUAUCUCAUGGAUAAGCGCUGCGAGAUACCCAUAUUCGCCGUCGCCGCUGUGGUGUUGCUGGGGGCUGGGCUGUGCGCCGUCAUACCGAAUAAAAUUAAUCCAGAAUUAAACGUACGUGACAGGAAAUGUGUUGAAGUAGCGGUGAUUUCAUAUGUUUAUGGACUGGGACUAUGGAUACCAGAGCUGUUCCUCAGGUUCAACCGGUACCACGAGCUAUAUCCCAAUAGGACAGUAACCGUGAAAGAUCUUUCCACUUUAAAUCAACUUAAUAAUUUCACAUGCGAGCCGUCUUUCGAUCCCCUUGUAAUCCAAGGCACUGUCGCCAUGGCAGCUUCUUCACUAAUCUACAACUUGGUAUCCGGCUUUUUAUCCAUGAGAUUCCCGAUAAAAACAAUAUCAGUGGUAUCCAUGGUACUCGGGGGGGUAAGCGCGGGGUGUAUAUAUUGGCUGAGAUCUUCCUGGCAGAACCUGACAGUGGCGUGCGUAUUUCAAGCAUCGAUGGUAACCGCAAACAUGGUCAUAGGAAGCAUAGGAGUGGAGCUCUUCCCGACGAACGUUUCGUCGAUGGCUCUAUGCCUGAUGAUGUGCGCGGGUAGGGCAGGCGCCGUUUGUAGUAACGCAAUUUUCGGAUAUCUCAUGGAUAAGCGCUGCGAGAUACCCAUAUUCGCCGUCGCCGCUGUGGUGUUGCUGGGGGCUGGGCUGUGCGCCGUCAUACCGAAUAAAAUUAAUCCAGAAUUAAACGCAUAUUUUCUCCUUACCUUUAAAGAAACUGAAAUGACAGAAGUUCUAGCCCAUCUUGAUGGCAUUCAAAUACCUAAAAGAAAGAAUGUGAGCUUUGACGAUGCACUAAAUGAAACUGGGUUCGGCAAAUACAACAUUUUUCUAAUUCUGGUGUGCGGGUUCAUAUUAUUCGCAUCGAUUACCGAAUCCUGUGGGGUGGGUUACAUAGUACCAGCCUCUGAAUGUGAAUUAAAUCUAAAUAGUUUCACAAAAGGCAUUCUUACGUCCACGAAUGUGAUUGGCAUAAUGUGUAGCUGUGCUAUUUGGGGAUAUUUGGCCGAUUUUAAGGGAAGAAGGAAUCUCUUGCUCAUAAAUUUAGUCCUGGCAUUCGCCACUGGAUUUAUAGCGGCAUUCAUCCCUUCGUUCUGGGGUUUUUGUAUCCUAAGGCUCAUCAAUGGAAUAUGCAUAUCCUGUCCGGCCGCUGUAACGUUCGUUUAUUUCGGAGAAUUCCUCAGCACCACCACAAAAGGAAAAUGCAUGCCAUGGGGCACGAUAUUUAUAGGGAUAGCGAUGACUACAGUGCCGGCCUUAGCUUGGCCGCUUCUACAAAGUUCGAUCAACGUAGAAUUUUUGGGUCUCCGCCUGAACAACUGGAGAAUCUACAUGUUGAUGAAUUCCACCCCUAGUAUAUUAGUGGCAUUCGCUUUGUUAAAAUUACCAGAGAGCCCUAAAUUCCUAUACCACAACGGUAAAUUUGACGAAGCCUUAAAUGUCAUGAGGACAAUGUACUCUUGCAAUACUGGAAAACCUGAAUAUACUUUUCCCGUUGUAAGUUUGAACGAGAAAAUAAUCUUGGAAUCCAAAACGGUAAAAAAGAGUAUAUUGCAAGAGUUGGUACAGCAGAUCGUUCCUUUAUUUAAGCCGCCACUUUUAACUUACAUUAUAACCAGUUGUUUCAUGCAAGCAAUAACUUACGCGGUUUCUGCUGGUUUGUAUUUGUGGUAUCCAGACAUUACAAAACAGAUUUCCAACAGCGGAAAUACAGGAGUAACUAUCUGCGAGGCGUUAUCUGUCAAGCACAAUUCUGAAGACAACGGUCUUGCUUGCAACAAUACAGUCGAUGAUAAUAUAUUUAUUUUGAGUAUUAUUAUUGGCACAUCCUACAUUAUUGGAUACGCCACGUGGGGGGUAGUUGUAAAAUUGUUAGGAACAAAGGCAUUUUUCAUGGUCCUCAUGGGGUUAUCAGGAGUUUGUAUGGCCGGGCUCUGUCUUCUGUCACAAAAAUUGCUGAUUGACAUUGCGUUCAUCGGCUGUUUAGCACUAUCAGGGAUAGCAGUGACGGUACUGAAUGCGUGGAUAGUGGAUAUAUUUCCCACUCAAAUCUGUGGACUUGCUUUAUGCUUCGCCUUGACUGUAGGUCGAGCGGGGAGUGUACUCUCCAGUUCUACGUUUGGAAUGUUGGUUGAGUGGAACUGUAUAAUCACCUUUUUGCUUUAUGCAUUGAGCCUGAUAGGAUGUGUGUUGCUCGCCUUUAUCGUACCCCAGACAAGUUGAAUCACAUAUUUCACCUGUUGUCGCUUACUAUACUGGAAAGGGAGAUGAUAACCCGAUCAACGUUCGCUCACCCAAAACCAUCAAUGCAAGGAAAAAUAAUUUAAAAAAAUAUAUUAUUUCAUGCACUGAAAAUAUGCCAAAAUGUAUUUUUUCACGAAU